AUGUCUGCGCCCAGAACGAUAGCGUUGCUGAUCUUCCAGCUUUCCGCGCUAACACUGUUUGGUCCUGUUGCGAUACGUUCGGACGAAGGGUUGAAUCUUGAAGAUGAUAACUUACCCGAAAUUGCAAUUAUUGGUGGCGGCAUUGGAGGGACUACAACAGCAUAUUACCUGAGGAAGCUGUUUGGAAACAAAGCCAGCAUUGACCUGUUUGAAGCCAAACAGAUAGGUGGUAGAGUGUCAACUGUGGUUGUGAAUGGGCGUGAAUAUGAAUCUGGAGCCUCCAUCAUUCACCCCAGAAACCAGUACAUGGUCAACUUCACAAAAUUGUUCGGUCUGAGAAAACGUGAAGGACAUUCUGAAAAAUUAGCUAUAUAUGAUGGAAAGAAGUUUGUCUUCACGGGUAGCAAGUUCAACAUUGCUACUAUGGCCAAGAUGUUCUGGCGUUAUGGGAUGGAUGUCUACAAUAUAAAUUCUUGGGUUGAGAACAUUUUGGACAAGUUUGAAAGGGUUUACCAUCACUUAGAAGAUGGAAUUGCAUUCUCUACAGUUGAAGGUCUGCUUGAAUCUAUGGAUGCUAGCUUUGUUGAUCUUACCAAAAAAACAAUUAGAGAAGUUCUCAAGGAGGAUGGAUUCUCAGAUUUGUUUAUCGAUGAGCUAGUGACAGCUGGUAUGAGAGUGAAUUACGCACAGGGUGCAGAAGUGCAUGGAUUUGUAGGUAGUGUCAGCUUGGCAGGGGCGCUCCCUGGGCUGUUUUCAGUACAUGGAGGCAACAGACUGGUGCCGGAGAGAGUUCUUCAGGCUUCCCAGGUAAACUACCUACCAGCUGAGGUGACUAAAGUCUCGCUGGUCCGAGAUCAUAACAACAACGUCAGGUAUGAUCUCAGUUUUCAGCACAGUGACCUCCCCCAUGGGGCGGAACCCAUGUCCGUUACGAAACAGUAUGAUGUUGUUGUCAUUGCAGCACCACUGCACAAACGUGUGAGUGACAUCGCAUUCUCUGGAUUCCCAAAACCCAUUCGCUACGCUCAAGAGGAAUUUCAUAGAACUGUUGCAAAUUUUGCUUUAGGGUCCGCCAAUAUCUCCCACUUUGGUAACUAUGGCAUGGGGGACUUUCCUACAGCCAUACUCUGCAACAAUUUGGAUUUGUUUUUUAAUUCCUUUGCUCAGAAUACACCUGUGGAUUUUAGUUCUGAGCGGGAUAGCAUGGAAUCUGAGAAGGGUUCAGUGUGGAAGGUAUUUUCCAGUACCCCACUGUCUGAGGAAGAGCUUUCGCAGCUUUACGAGGUCCACAGUAAGACGAGCGUUGUUGAUUGGUUAGCAUACCCAGAAUACACACCAACAGAAACUCUGCCGUCGUUCGUGCUGUAUGAUCAGUUGUAUUACGUCAACGCAAUAGAGAUGGCAGCGUCUGCCAUGGAGAUGAGUGCAAUUGGGGGUAGGAAUAUCGCACAGCUAGCCUUUAACCAUUGGCAUGGUUUGUUUGAUAAAAUAGAUGAAAUCAAGGAUGCACCAAGUCAUGAAACACCAACCAGUGAUAAAGAUGAAAAGAAGACUGAGUUAUAGUUAAAAGUAAUAUUUUAUUCUUGUGAAAUUGUUGAUGUUUAUUUUGGAUAAAUAUUGGAGGUGAUUUUGAGAUUUUCUCACUUAUACACGUAACAAAUUAUUUGUUGUGUUGCCUGUUACUGUAGUUCAGCUGAUUGUUUGUCAUUAUAAGUGAAUGUUAUAUCAUGUCAUUAGGGAUUAAAUUUUACUUUAAUUUGCCGCAGAGACCUAAGAAUAUGACGAUGUUAAGCCUUUUCUUGUUAUGUGUAAUCAAGCUGUACUUUGAUUUUCUGUACGGACUAACAGAUAUCACUUACUGUAUAUGUCAUGAGUAAUCAAGUCUUAUUUUGAUUUUCUGUAUGGACUAACAGGUAUCACUUACUGUACAUGUCAUGAAUGAUGAGUAAUCAAGUCUUAUGCUGAUUUUUUCUGUAUAUCACUUACCGUACAAGUCAUGAGUGAUCAAGUUUUACUUUGAUUUUCUGUAUGGACUAAGAGAUAUCACUUAUUGUUCAUGUCAUGCAUGAUGAGUAAUUAAGUCUAAUCUUGAUUUUUUUGUAUGGACUAACAGAUUUCACUAACCAUACUUCAUGAGUAACCAAGUGUAACUUUUAGUUUUCUGUAUGGACUAAGAGAUAUCACUUAUUGUACAUGUCACGAAUGAUGAGUAAUCAAGUCUUACUUCAAUUUUCUGUAUGGACUAAGAGAUAUCACUUAUUGUUCAUGUCAUGCAUGAUGAGUAAUCAAGUCUUACUUUAAUUUUCUGUAGGGACUAAGAGAUAUCACUUACUGUAUAUGUCAUGAAUGAUGAGUGAUCAAGUCUUACUUUAAUUUUCUGUAUGGACUAACAGCUUUCUCGUACCAUAUGCAUUAUGAGUAAUCAAUAGAACUGUGUAAAGUUUUGUCUUGUUACGUGAACGAUGAAGUCCUUCUUUUGUGGCAGUAGGUCAUGACUUUUUCAUUUGGAUAAAAUGUCCAUCUCCCUUGUUUAAUGAGGCUGUAUGAUAUCUCAUGCUGUCAGGAGAAUUUUAGGUACCAGGUUAUUUUUUCUUUGUAUAAAUAGAAUAUAUAGAAGUCAUUAAACUUGCCUUUCACAAGCAUGACAUAUGCCUUUAUAAUUGGCCAAGGGUUAGCGGUUUACUCUGAGUAACCCUCUUAGGUUCGCCCACAAUAUACUGGCCACCAUUUUGCAAGUGCAAAAUUCUUAAGUAUGGCAUUGAAGUAGAGCAAAAAAAAUAAUAAAAAUUUACUGGUCAGAUUCACAAAUAUGUGAUAAACCUCAUACUGUGUUCUAUCCUUUAAUAACUGUGCAUUCCAUUAGCUGUAGACAUUGUUGUCAUGGUUUAAUUUUACACUUAUUUAAAUGUGUACAUAUUUAUAGAAGAAUGUAAUUUUUUUACGUGAUUAGGGUUUGAUUUUUCUCAG